AUCCUGGCAGGAGCAGCUCCAGUACUGUAACUGGAAGAACCAUUGAGCUGCGCUCUCGUUUUCUAGGGGGAAGAAGAAAAACAAGCACAGAACGGAGCGGAAGUGCAUAGAGUUGGGGAACGGCUUUACGUGCUUGUUUUGCUCGAGGCGGGAGAGCGCUAGAUAAAUGAUGGCUUCGGCUCCUAACAUUGAUGUGGACGCCACUCAGCACCUGAGGGAUAUUCUGAAGCUGGAUCGUCCCGGAGAGCCUGUAAAUGAAAAUUGUCGAAAGUCAAGCUCUUUUAAUGGAGAACUGAAUGGCUUCAUUUCUGAUCCUGUAGCACACCCAGAUGCCACCAGUGUUGAUGCUACCUUGCUGGACAAUUCUCUUCGGAAUGUUCAGAUGCCAUUUUCUGAGAAGCAAGUGAUCUGCCUUUCUGGGGGUGACUCUCCUCCUUGCAUUGAGAUCGUAGGCAACGAUGUUGAAAUUGUGGCUAGUAGUGAUUCAAAUAUUUGUAGCAAAGCAAGAGGAAGCAACAAGGUGAAAAUACAGCCUGUGGCAAAAUAUGACUGGGAACAGAAAUAUUACAAUGGAAACCUGAUCGCUGUGUCUAAUGCUUACCUUGCAUAUGCUACACGAGGUUCCAACGCAACAGCUAUGAUAAGAGUUCUAAGCAUCACCACAGCAGAACGAAUAUUGCUAAAAGGAAUUACUGGUAGCGUUACAGACUUGGCGUUCGCUCACCUCAACUCAGACCUGCUGGCCUGUUUGGAUGAAGCAGGAAGUCUCUUUGUAUGGCGGCUCACCAUGGAGAAUGGAAAAAUAAUAGACGAGAUUGUUGUACACAUAAGAAGACCAGACCACACUCCCUUAAAUAAUAACCGCAGGAUAAUUUGGUGCCCUUACAUACCUGAAGAAAAUGAGGAAAAUUUGUCAGAGGAUUCUAGCCAGACUCUUGCAUUAUUGCAUGAAGAUAUGGCUGAAGUCUGGGACCUGGACAUCGUAAGAGCAAACCACAGUUCAUGGCCUACUCUUAUAAGUGACAUCAAGGAAGGAUUCAUAUCUGUGACUGGACAUUCUGGUUGUUUAAGUGAAGGAGCUCUAUCUCCUGAUGGAACAGUUUUGGCAACUGCCAGCCAUGAUGGUUACGUGAAAUUUUGGCAGAUUUAUAUUGAAGGGCAGGAUCAACCUAGGUGUCUCCACGAGUGGAAGCCUCAUAAUGGAAGACCGGUGUCUUGUCUAUUAUUCUGUGAUAACCAUAAGAAACAAGAUCCUGAUGUUCCAUUUUGGAGAUUUCUCAUUACAGGAGCUGACCAGAAUAGACAAAUUAAGAUGUGGUGCACCGUUUCUUGGACAUGCCUACAGACAAUUAGGUUUUCCCCAGACCCAUUUAGUUCCAGUGCCUUACCGGGAUUAAAAGCUUCCCUGGAUUUGUCUGCAGAGUUCCUGAUACUUACUGAUGUUCACAGAAAAGUAUUAUAUGUAAUGGAGCUACACCAGAAUCAGGAGAAUGGAAAAGCUGCCUUCACCUCCAUUUCAGAAUUUUUGCUUACUCAUCCUGUUCUGAGUUUUGGAAUACAAGAUGUUAGCCAUUGCCGUCUUCAACAUACAGAAGGUCUUCCUUCAGAAGUAGAAAGCGACAAUGUCAGUGGAGAUGAUGCACUGGAGAUAGAUGAAGAAGACUCUGCUGUUCUUAUAAAGCUCUUCUGUGUACACACAAAGGCUCUGCAGGAUGUACAGAUAAGGUUUAAACCUCACCAGGGACCCACAUCAGUAUCGGCUGCCCUUUCUUCAAAAGACCAACGUGAAGAGUUUGCUACUCCUGAUCAAAUAAUUGAUGUUGGAACUGAACGGCUGCCUAUUUCAGAAGCGCUUCAUGAAUCUCAGUCUGAUAGUCUCAGAAACACCACAGAUUUCUUGUUGCUGUCAACAGACCCAAAACCUAAACUGAUGACACCUGAUGCUUUUAUGAUGCCCAGUGUCACCGUGCAACAGAUUGUCUCCUCCUCUUCCACAAGUCUUGGUUCACUCACGUCAGUCACUCCUCUAAAUAAUGUCUCAACCAGUGAUGUGUCUGUCUCCAGGUCUGGUGAUGAACUUAGUCCAAAGCUAAAGAUGGAGAAUAGCAUAAGUGGUUGUAUAAGUGGAUCAAGUGGUGGAAGCUUUCAAGCUCCUUCAAGAACAUCUGCAGUACUUAUUCCAGGACUGUCUGACUCCCUUUCACCUAGAUCAGUUGUUCAGGUUACUACAUCUAACCUUCCCAUAGAACUUCAAAGUUUGGAACCCCUGGUUGUACCCCAGUCUUCACCUACCCGUGAACGAUCUCCUGAUGUCAUAUCAAGUGCUUCCACGGUCAUGUCCCAAGAUAUUCCAGAAAUUGCCUCUGAGACACUACAGAGAAAUUAUCCAUCAUCUAUAUCGGUCGGUGUUGUCAAGGAAGAGAAUUGUCCAUCAAGUCAAGCACCAAGCAUGAGCUCUGCGGCCUCCGCUCUACAGCUUCUAUCAACUCGCAGCCGUAAUACAUCUGAGCUUGGUUUAAGGCCACUAGAGUUUCCGCCUUCCAUGUCUGAUAGUGAGCUGAUCAGUUCUCCAUGUCUAGAAAUUUCAAACCAUAAGGAUAAGAAAGAGGAAGUUAUUUCUCAGCCAUGGCCAGCAGCACCUGAUAUAACAAGAGAAACCAAAAGCAGUUUAAUAGAAAGUGACCGUGAUGAUGAAGUGAACGCAUUCGCAACCCCUAUAAAUAGUUUUGGAGGAAAGGGACAAAGUCCACGUUUACUUAUGAAGGACUGGAAUACCCAAGUAUCACCCCAUUCUUCCCCAAAACCUUACAAGAAGUCCAUGAAAGAUGACAUAGACCUACCAUUGUCGCCAAAAAAAACUGAAAACCAAGCAAACUUCGAACAUGGGGAACUGAUGUCACUACUGUACAUUCAACAAAGGGAACUUUCAGAGCUUCGACAAAACCAGAUAGAACUUAUGCAGAGACUCAGUAAUCAUUUGGAUUCAGUUCAAAGUUCAAUCAUGGGCCAUGUCGAACGUGUCAUGGAAUCUCAACAGCAACAAGAACAAAGGAGAUUAGAAAGAAUCCUAAGUGACGGACAACAGAGAAAUGGUCAACUACAGGAAUACCUUUCACAACAGCUUUCUCAUUCACUUUCUAGCCCACUCUGCAAUAGACUUGAUAAAACUGUCCGAGAAGAGUUUAAGAAGUCCGUUCCUCAGUGCAUCAGUAAGAGUCUGGAUCCAGUCACAGGGCAACUUAGUAGCACAAUUGGGACAAAACUGACUUCUAUUGAGGCGUCGCUAAAGGAAAACAUUGCCAAGAUGGUGAAAUCCAAGAACAUUACAGAUGCUAUUGGGCGAGCAGUUGCUGAUGCCCUUCAUGUACAAAUUCAUACAGCCUACAGAGAAGCCUUCCAGAAUACCGUGCUUCCAGCGUUUGAGAAGGGUUGUCAGUCUAUGUUCCAGCAAAUAAACGGCAGCUUCAAGCAAGGCACCCAAGAGUAUAUGCAGCAAUUGGAAAGUCACCUUCAGACAAAAAAAGCAAAUGAACAAGAAAUAAGAGAGCCCCUGGUGGCACAACUACAGCAGCUCAUAGAUUCUCUCCAAUCUACGACUGACCAGCUCUCUUCAAGCCUGAGUGGAAACGUAAGAUCUGAAGUACAGCAGCAAUUACACGUAGUUGUAGCAACUAUGCAAGACUCUAUCCUUUCUCAGGUGCAAAGAAUUAUCAAAGAAGAAGUAAAUCAUGCGAUGAAGGAACAGCAGGCAGUAGUUACAUCAAGCAUUAUGCAUGCUAUGAGAUCUGCGGCAGGGACACCUAUUCCUUCUUCCCAUCUUGAUUAUCAGUCACAACAGACACACAUCAUGCAGCUACUUCAACAAGGUCACCUUAACCAAGCUUUUCAGCAGGCUCUAACAGCUUCAGAUCUAAAUUUGAUCCUUUAUGUUUGUGAGACAGUGGUCCAGCAAGUAUUUGGUCAGCAUCCCUGCCCUCUUACUCAACCUGUUCUGCUGUCUCUCAUCCAGCAGCUAUCUUUUGACCUUUGUACUCGUACUGAACUCAAACUUAGCUACUUGGAAGAAGCUGUAAUGCAUCUUGAUCACAGCGACCCUGUAACAAGAGAUCACAUGGGAAGCAUCAUCAGUCAAGUGCGGCAGAAACUCUUUCAGUUCUUGCAGGUGGAGCCUCAUACCUCCUUACAUAAGUCUGCAAGACGACUGAUGAUCAUGCUUCAGGGGCUUGUCACCUCGGUAAACUAGACUCCUUCCAGUCAUGUACAGGCUCUCUACAACUCAACUGAUUGUAAAUCUUCAAACAAACUGUGCCUGCUUUGCUCAGCAUACAGUGGGGAAACAUCCUUGUAAUAGUGGCAAGAAAGAAAGGCCACCAAUUCUUAUUAGUUCUACUUAGUUAAUCGUUGAAUAUCUUUAUUGGCUGAGUUUUAAAAUGUUUUUUGGAUUCCUUUCCUUUAUUGUAAAAUUGCAAAAAGAAAAAAAAAAAAACACGCAUAUUUACAUAUUUGUGUUUUUAGAUUAUGUGAAAGAUAUAUCAAAUAAAUUUUCAUUCUUG